AUGCCCAGGUACAGAAGCCGGAGCAGAAGCUACAGUCCUCGUCGCCGUAGCCGAACCCCUCCUCGAAGCCGAAAGCGAUACGACGACGAAGAUCGUCACCGUGACAGCCGGUCUUACCGUGACCGUCGCUCUCCUGCUCCCUCUGGCUUACUCAUUCGCAAUCUCCCUCUCGACGCCAGGCCUGAAGAUCUUAGGGGGCCAUUUGAGAAAUUUGGUCCCUUGAAAGAUAUUUAUCUGCCCAAGAAUUACUACACUGGGGAACCUCGAGGGUUUGGAUUUGUGAAGUACCGUUAUGCUGAAGAUGCAGCUGAAGCAAAGCAACGGAUGAACCACAAAAGUAUUGGUGGACGUGAGAUAAGAAUUGUUUUUGCUGAGGAGAACAGAAAAACACCUCAAGAAAUGCGCAGGACUACUCGCUCAAGUGAUCGACACGGAGGCAGCUACAGAGGGAGAACACCACCAAGGUCCCCAAGAUACCGAUAUCGUUCUUACUCGCGCUCACCUUCACUGGCUAGGCAUGAUUUGAGGGAUCGCAGUGUGAAGGAUGAUUAUCGCUCUCCACAGAGAUCAAGAUCCAUUACACGCUCUCGUUCUCCACGAGAUGGGAGGGACUACUGGGCAGACCAGCGCUCACUAAGCCCUGAGGAAAGCUACCAUGCAUCUCGCAGAUCAAGGACUCCGAGGGCCAACAGUCGAAAUCCAGCGAAUUAUGGCAUGCUUAAGUAUCCAACAAUAAAUACUGAGGGUGUUGCCUCUGACUCAAGGCACAAUGCUGGAUCUAAGCCACCAGAGUCUCAAAGUCUAAAGAAUAAUGCAGCGAUAGAAACAAUUCUUCCUUUUUAG